AAGACUUGUCUCAUGCAGUGUCGUUAGGCGUUCAAUCAGGAAGGAGCUAUAUAGAUCUUCGACUGAAGAAUAUAGAGCAUUUAAAAGAAAAAAGACAUCACUUAUCUGUACUUUAAUCGAUCAAAUAAUGGAAACAUCUGCAGGAAAGACAGCCUUCUCCGUGCGAGACAUAUUGAACAUGCCUCAAAGUAAGGAAGACGAAUCCAAAGUCGAUGUAAAACGCACAAAGGAGUCCCUUUCGAAAGGAUCUUCGCUGGAUAAACUAGGAACAAGACAAUCUACAACUUCGGUGAACAAUGACGUUUACAGAAAGGAGUCGAGCCUUAAAGAUGCUCAACAUUCGAUCAGAACAUUAUCAAACUCUGACACAGAAACCCGGCACGAAAGCAUAAAAGCAAAACAGAAGAAACGAAAACGUCGCGUCCUUUUCACGAAGGCUCAGACGUUUGAACUCGAAAGAAGAUUUCGUCAGCAAAGAUAUUUAUCAGCGCCCGAGCGAGAACACCUUGCCAGAAUGAUUUGCCUGACUCCAACACAAGUGAAAAUUUGGUUUCAAAAUCACAGAUACAAACAAAAACGACACAUAAGCGAACAUGGAGAGGAUAGUUUUGAUACUCUGAGUAUGGCUCACGGCAUUCACUACCCAAUAUACAUGAGAGAAGGAGUUGUAUAUCAUAAUACAGCAGGAAACUAUACCUCUUAUUUCCCACCGCAUGAAGGUGAAUUUUGCAGUGGUUAUAAACCCGUGCAUUUAACUACAGCACCUUUUUUCUCAACAACACAUUUCCAAUCGUGGUAAGCGCAAAAACAAGAGAUUGAAGAAGUUGGGGAAGCAAAAUUGGUAAAAUAUAACCGCAAAGUUUAACUAAGUCUUAACGACUCCGAGAAGCAAUUGCUUAUUCAACUGUACAACAAAUCAUCGUGAAAAUUUUUACCACAACAAACGCUCGAACGGAAACAGCUCAAAGCAAAAGUAUUCCACUCUUCAUAAUCUACAUAUGUCAAUACUUUAACCAUAGCUAACAACCAAACGAAGACACAAAGUCUAUAUGUACAAGAAUAUUGUCUUUAUAGUCUCUAUCAGUUAAAAACUCAUGCAGAAAUGAUUAUGAACAAGAAGAAUACGAAUCGCUUGACAUUCGAUGCAAGAGAAACAUAUUGUACAUAAGAAGAUAUUUAUUUAAAGAGCACACACGCACACAUAUAUAUAUGUAGCUAUAUUAAAUAAGGUGCAACUAUUUGAAACUUACAAAAAAAGAUAGAAGUAAAAUAGAACAAAAAAUAAGGUUCCACCAUAUGCUGUUCUUUUAUGUUUCUUCAAUAUAUUAGUUGGGAAACGAUCACGAAACUCAGUAAUGAAAAACUCUUUCAAA